AUGGACAAGGUCUCCUCCCGAACUUCUGGUGAUCCCGAGAAAGUACAAGACCGCAGUAGCGUCAGCAGUGGAUCUCCUGUAACCGCCAGGGAUGUUGACCCAGCUUUAGAGAAGAGGAUUUGGCGAAAGAUGGAUCUUUAUAUUCUCCCGGUUGUGACACUGUUUUAUCUGCUGUCGUUCUUGGAUCGAUCCAAUAUCGGAAAUGCACGAGUCGCUGGUCUGCAAUCAAACCUCAAGAUGACGAACAAGCAGUACAGCAUUGCCUUGACUGUAACCUACGUUCCCUAUAUCGCUGCUGAGCUUCCAUCCAACUUGCUGCUCAAGGCUGUCGGUCCCAAUCUUAUGUUACCCACCAUGUUGACUCUCUGGGGUAUCGUCACUACUCUGCAGGGCGUGGUGAAGUCAUACCAUGGACUACUUGCUUGCCGUUUCUUCCUGGGCCUAUUCGAAGGUGGUGUGUUCCCCGGAUUAGUUCUAUAUUUAUCCUUUUUCUAUCCACGACAAAAGCUUCAGUGGAGGGUGUCUGCCUUCUUCUCUGCAGCUUCUAUUUCGGGAGCCUUCUCUGGCUUACUAGCCUUCGGCAUUAUUAAUAUGAAGGGCGUCGGUGGACGUCCAGGCUGGGCAUGGAUUUUCAUUCUGGAGGGCCUCUUCACCGUCGUCUUUGGGGUGUUGUCCUACUUCCUCCUACCAAGAUCUCCCGCCCAUGCCCGUUUCCUCAGCUCCGACGAGAAAGACUAUGUCGUUGCUGCGCUCAAACGAGACGGUGCUACCGGCAAGAACGACACCGUUGACAGCUUCAGCUGGAGGGAAGUUGGCGAGGCUUUCAAAUUGCCGCAAGUAUGGAUGCUUGCUGUGAUGUUCUUCUUCGAUGGGACCAUUCUAUAUGGACUGGCCUACUUCACACCGUCAAUUGUGCAGAGUCUUGGCUACACGGCAUCCAGGGCUCAACUGAUGAGCGUACCGCCUUUUGCGACUGCGUUUGUCGUCUCCAUGGCUGGUGCCUUUAUAUCUGACCGCUACCGAUGCCGUGGUCUCGUUACCAUCUUUGCUUCAGUUCUUGCAGUGAUUGGAUUUGCAAUGUUCCUAAAAUCGACCAAGCACAAGAUUCAAUACGCAUCUUUAUUCUUCUCCAUCACUGGAACGUAUCUUGCUGCACCUAGUCUCUCAACCUGGAGUGCCAACAACGCUGCCCCAUACACCCGCAGAGCAACGGCCAUAGCCAUCGGCUUCAUUAUGACAAACUCUGGUGGUAUUCUUGCAACAUGGCUACUUGGAUCGCUGUCCCCCGCGCCGCACUAUACCCUUGCCACACGGGUUCUUCUUUCCUUCGCCGUCAUCAUGGGGGUCCUCGCUGGUCUUAAUACGUGGUACCUGUGGGAUCAAAACAAAAAGAAGGAGGUUAUUCGGUCUUCUUCUACCAUUGACCAGGAGAAACCUGGUCUUGGAGAUCGCUCUGCAUGGUUUGUUUACGCUCUUUAG